CGGGUGUUUUUUAGACAUACAAACAGUACGAACAUGGUGGACAAAUAUCACAAACUAGACCGACAAUCCAUAUGAACUGAAAAAAACACCCGGGUUGACUUUGGAGGCUUCAUCCCUAUAUAGAGAAGUUACAUCCAAAAGUCAACCAGGUUGUUUUUUAGACAUAAAAACAUUACAAACAUGGUGCACAAAAAUAACAAAAUUUACAAACAGUACAAAAUAACAAAGCGUACAAACAUUACAAAAUAUGUCAACAAACAUCACAAAGCACUGUCGCCGGAAAAGUCUUCUCCGUCGACGAUGGUCGCCGGGAAAAAAAUUUCCGACCAGAAAAUCUCUCUCUCUCUCUGCCACACCAAAAAAUGGUGGUUGGCGGGAGUUUUCCCAAAAACGGACCGGUGGCGGGAGGGUCUUUCUCUCCUGGGACAAUUCAUUCUCCCCAUGUCUCCUGCCCAAAAUAAAUGUACAGCAACAUUAAUAUAAAAUGGACAGAGGAGACGCCACCAGCUAGAGUCAGAGUCGCCGCCGGUUAGAGGAGUCGCCGGGAAAUUUUUCCGGCCGGGGCAACUGCGGAAGUCGGAAGGCAGCAACGGCCAAAUUAAUUUUUCUUUGUUUAUUAUAUAAAUUAAUAAAUUAAAUAAUCAUGCAAUUACUAUAUUGACCUUUAUUAAAUUGGAUUAAUAUGGGUCAUUAAAUUUUAAUGAGGUGCAAAGGUGGAGAUUGACUUAGUCAUGUAACUAAAGGACCCCUAAUCACCUGAUCUUAGCCCAUCGUAUCCAGAGGUAUACUCAAUUACAAUUAGUCAAUGUGAUUUAAUUUAACACGAUCUGAGGGUUUCUGACGUAAGAUACAGCUCAUUUUUGGGCCUGUAUUUGAUUGAUGAAACUGGGGCUUCUGUUUUGGAAAAUAACUGGGCUAUAUAUUUGGUAUACCAGGCCCACAAGCAAUUAGCGGGUAAAAUGAAAUAGCUGCUCACUUACUCUCUCUCCACAAGCAAAAGCCUUCUGGAAUCCUCCACAUCUCUGUCUUGAGCUUCUUUGCAUUUCCUUACUAUACCUCUAGAACAAAUCACUCUUCAUCUCUCCCGCCUACAUCGCUAAACCCUCGUCGGCGCGGUAAAUCGAGGUAAGCGAAGGGAAUCAGCCAUGGCGUUGAUCUCCGAGUACGAGGAAGAAGAGAGCGGGACGAAGCCCUCUUCGUCGGCCGUCUCGCCGCCUGCGCAGCCUUCGACUUUCACGGCCACUUUCGAUCCCAGCAAUCCGCUAGGGAUCGUGGAGAAACUCUUCGACUUCCUGGCCGCGGAGAGCGACUACCUCUCCAAGGACGCGGCGGAGAAAGAGAUCGCGGCGGUGGCGAAGGCUGCCAAGGAGAAGCGAAAAAGGAAGGAGGAGGCGGCGGAAAGAGAGAUGGCCGCCGCUGCUAAGGCUUCCGAGAGCAACAAGAGAUUGAAGGAGGAAGAGAAAGAGAAGAAGAAGAAGCCCGAGAAGGAGGAAGAGAAGGGCGCCAGAGUCCCAAAUAAGGGCAAUGGACUUGAUCUGGACAACUACUCAUGGACGCAGACUCUGCAAGAGGUUACCGUGCUGGUUCCCGUUCCUCAUGGGACUAAGUCAAGAUUCGUAGUCUGUGACAUAAAGAAGAACCACCUGAAAAUUGGACUCAAGGGUCAGCCUCCAAUUCUUGAGGGGGAACUCUACAAGCCUAUCAAGGUUGAUGAUUGUUACUGGAGCAUAGAGGAUCAGAACACUAUCUCAGUUCUGUUGACCAAGCACGACCAAAUGGAAUGGUGGAAAUCUCUGGUGAAAGGAGGUCCUGAAAUCGAUACACAAAAGGUUGAACCUGAAAACAGCAAGCUUGCUGACCUGGACCCUGAAACACGCCAGACUGUCGAGAAGAUGAUGUUUGAUCAAAGGCAGAAGCAGAUGGGCCGCCCAACCAGCGAUGAGAUUCAGAAACAGGAUAUUCUGAAGAAGUUUAUGGCCGAGCAUCCAGAGAUGGAUUUCUCAAGGGCAAAGAUCAACUAACUUUUUUGAAGGCUGAUGAGCACACGGGACGUUGUGGUUUUGGGUUUAGAUCGAAUCUCCCUGCUUCGAGUGUCUGUGGAUGGAGGUGUAAGUUGGUGGAACUGGUUUUGGUUAGUAUGAGUGGAAACCUCUUCCAAAGAGGGAUGUCUGGAUUUGGUUAGUUUAUAGCCUUCUGCAUGGAUAGGAGUGUUCUGGACUCGAGACGUUUGUGAUUCACAAGCAGUUAUUGCAACAUUGUUCUUUUUUGGUGUGCGAAACUCAAAAAUGAAAUGCUGAAGUUGGGUAUUACAUUGAUGGAGAAGGGCUUUUUACACCAAGAGAUGUGCAAUUGCAGACCAACAACACUGUUCGCAGUGAUCUUUGUUUUCACCAUGAGCUGGAAAAUUAGAAUUUUGCUUUACAAUGUAUGCAAAGACUUUGGAGUGGUGAUUGCUCUUGCUAUUCACAUUGUUCUUAAUACUCGAGAUUUUAUGUUUAACUGAUGAAGAAGGAUAUAUGCACUAAAAUUUUGUACCAUGAUAUGGAUACUUUAUCUCUUAUCUUUUUUUACAUAUUUCUAUUGGCUCGAUGCUUGUGAUUGUUUUACUACCAUUAAUAUGUGAAAUUAGGUCAUAGCAUUCUCUAAAGAAGUCGUAUGCGGCUAAAAAAAUCUUAAUCAAGUCACGUAAUUUCAUCCAUCUCUUGUGGUUUCUUCCAUUUUUCUCAUCUCUUUAUGAAUUUGUUCAUUUUGUCUCGUUAACAAGAAAGUACCCAAACUGUCAGAAACUGAUUAUUUUGGACUCGUUUGUCGUUUAUUUCUUAUUCAAGAUAUUUGGAUGUUAGGUGGAAUAUUUUGGAGACUAUUGAGAGUUACUUGUUAUGAUUUAUUGUUCUGAUUGUUAUAGGGAAUUAGUCAGAUUAUAUAUAUUCGCUGUUACGAGGGAAUUAGAGGACAAACAAUAACCCAAUAAUUAUUCCCUACACGCCGAAAUUCUUCAUUUUCCCUAGCUUAUUGCCGUCGGUCUCCCUUCUCCCAGGAACCAACCUCUACUUCUUUCUCAUCUCAAAUUCCCUUAUUUGACUCAUCAAAUCCCUAAUUCUAUUCUCAACUCUCAACCCGCUACAUAACUACCUCCCAGCUAAGAACCCUAAUCGUGAUCCCCAGUUCUUUCACAAAACUUACAUUUCUAACCAAAGUUGUAGAAAGUACUCCCAAGAAGGAUUGCAUUGAGAUAGGACAAAUUGUACCUAAUUUAUCUAUGCACCAACUAUUCCAUGACAAGUGGCACAUUACAAAAAGACACUCGGAAUUUGUCUCUUCGUGGGGGAAGUCAUCCAAUUUUUUCUUUCGGUUAUGGUCUCAAUUCUCAUUUACCUUCUUUGCUCUUUUUUUCCAUCCAACUUUUGUCGGGACAGAGAUGACAAGAGAAAGAAAAAGAGCUGGUGAAUUGUGAUUCCACAUUCCAUCAACAAGACAUAGGUCCAAGUUCAUAGCAAAAGAACACGAGAUAGAGAUACAAGACAACUAUUGGGCCAAUGGGAAUCUUCCAAAAUGGUGACUUGGCUGCCAAUUUGGUCCCUCCAUUCCUUCAAUGAUUCAACACAUUUGUAUGAUCAAAGUACAAUUGGAUCCUUCUUCUACCCACCAAAAAAACAAAACUUCUUGUCAUGUUACACGUAAUAGAGUUAUACGAACAAACCUUCCCCAUUCAUUUCCAAACGUUACAUUUUUUGCCCCACACAUUUUCACAUUUGGCAAAAAAUGCCCCACCACUAGCUUUGUUUCUUUGUUCUCUUCUUCAUGCUUUUCUUUGCAAUUCGAUUACACAUUAAAACUUUUUCUGAAUCUCUUUGUGGGUUUAGGUCACACAAUGAUUUCGAGCGCCUAAUCAUCAUUAAAAUACAGAGGUUCAUCUCAUCUGAUCUUAUAGUUCAUAAUUAUGUCUAUCUCUAAUCAACAUUAGAAAUGAGA